AUGCCUUUGUCUGUAGCGAAGAGACUGGGAUAUCACAAGUAUCAAGCCUGCGGAAUCUCACUAGUCUUGGCAGAUAGAUCGAUAAGGUUACCAACUGGGAUGCUUGAAGACCUGCCUUUGAGAAUAGGGAAUGUAGAAAUCCCCACCGACUUCAUUGUGCUUGAGAUGGAUGAGGAACCAACAGAUCCAUUGAUACUAGGAAGGCCAUUCCUAGCUACAGCAAGAGCAAUGAUAGAUGUCUGUGAAGGAACAAUUGAGCUAAACUUGGGAAAGGACCUAAAUGAAGCCAGUUUGCGAAGUCAUGGCAGUGAGCUCGAUCAAGAGCUCGAUCGAGUCGAGUUCGAACAAACGAACUCGAUCGAGCUGGGGACUGAAUGCAAGGAGCAAGCUCAAGGAGAUUGGUCUGAGCUCAAGGCGCCUAAAGUCGACCUCAAACCUUUGCCUGAGGGCCUCAGGUAUGCAUUUCUGGGUGAAAACUCAACUUACCCUGUCAUUGUGAACUCUGAUUUGGAACCUGAACAGUUGAGUGCUUUGCUUGUUGAAUUGAGGAAAGUACAGAAAGGCAAUAGGUUACACUCUAGAUGA